GGCACCUGAGCAGUACUCGAAGACGGUCGCCAAGAUGAAUCACAACGGGAUUGUGCAAAAAGCUGCCCACCGUCCACAGAGGCGUCUGUGGCUCUAUGCCGUUGGCGGGAUUGCUGCAGCAGUGCUAAGGCAGCGUAAUGUUCGCACCAAGCAGGUACAGAGCACUCAACUGUCAACAGCCGAGUCGUGGAAGAGGAGUUCGGGUACACGCGACGAGAGGAGCCAGACCCUGGCCGGCUUUUCUGUAGGUCGAGGUAGGGAUUUCCAGCGCUGCUCUGAGAAGCGGCAUCGUCUCCCCGCAGAUGCCGAGCACAAGUACGAGUACACGGGUGACUGCGGCAAUGUAGCGCAAGGCAUAUGUACUACGUACUACAGUAAAAUCCACAGGGGACGCAAGGGAGUCGAGAGACGAUGCCGAGAACGAAGUCCGAGCGCUGUACCUGUACGAGGCCCUGUGCUCGGAUUGCCUGUACGAGCAGCUGUACUGCACCUAGUACGAGGACCUCUGUACUCUGUCGUUGGGAUAGUUCCGAGCGAGGAAAGAGACAAGGUGAGGGUUCCUUCAGUGGCGGCAGAGUUGCGCGCUAGCGGCCUGUCCCCGCUGCCCAAAAAUGCUUCCGGCCACGUUGAUUCGACGGCGGGAUGUGACGAAAAGCUGGCUCGUGCAGCAAGCGGCAGGGGCCGCGGGACCAACCGAACUGUAGCGCCUUCCCUGCGCAAGGACCAGUCCCUGCCAACAGACCACCUAGCGAUCGAGAUUGGCUCACUCGCGCAGGUAGCAUGGCGCGCUAGCAGGGGACCGGGCUGCAAGAAAUGGCCAAUCACGCGCGCCAGGGCUCCGCAACAAAGGCAAGUCCGCACUUUCGACCGAUCUCAGUGA